UCUCAGGCCGAUAGAGCUGGAUCCCGCUGAGGGUGAACGGGGCUGUCAAAAGAGCCUCCUCACCUUCACCUCGGCACAGGACACACAACUGUGGACUGCUUUAUUACAGCCGCUGUCAGGGACGAGGAGUUCGGCGGAAAGCAUUUGCUGGCGUCUUAAAAAUGGAAAAGCACAAAGUGCUGGAGCAGCUGUUAGAGGAGCUGCAGCAUUUUCUGAAGGUCCUGGAUGGAGAGCACCUGAGCGGGAGUGCCACUGUGAAGAAGAACCUGCUCACUGACCUGCUGCAGUCUUAUAAGUCCUCAAAUGGAGGGGAUGAAGAAUACAUCUAUAUGAACAAAGUCAUUGUCACUGGACAGAACCAGGACAAAACAGACAGAGACAACAGAGCGGAAGCAGAGGCCAAUGGAAGAGCAGGAAAGCACAUCUCUGCCCCACAGAAGAGUCUUCCUGAGCUGCCUCCACCCAGGACACCCAUAGUCACGAGGGAGCCCUUUCCUCUUCCACCAGCUCCAGCUUGUCUGGAGUCUUCAGAGGGUUACUAUGAAGAGGCUCAGCCCUAUGAUUCAACCAUGAACGAUGAUGCUGAUGCAGUGAGCAGUUCUUAUGAGUCGUAUGAUGAGGAUGAGGUACCAAAGGGUCAACCAUCCACAGCACAGCACCAGUGGCCAUCUACCGAGGCAUCUAUUGAGCUGAUGAAGGAUGCUCGUAUCUGUGCUUUCCUCUGGAGGAAGAAGUGGCUGGGCCAGUGGGCCAAACAGCUGUGCGUCGUCCGAGAGAACCGUCUCCUGUGCUACAAAAGCUCAAAGGACCAGACUCCUCUGCUGGAUAUCAGUUUGGUGGGCUGCAGCGUUAUUUACAAAGAGAAACAGCCCAAGAGGAAAGAGCAUAAGCUGAAGAUCAUCCCUCAGAGUGGGGAGGCCAUCGUGCUGGGCCUCCAGAGCAAAGAGCAGGCUGAACAGUGGCUGAAGGUGAUCCAGGAAAUUAGUCCCAAAUCUGCAGAGGGCUCUGAUAUCUCUGAUUCUCCCAGACUCAUCUGUACUAAGGGUGAGCUUAAUGAGAGAUACUCUGUGGCCUCAGAGAGCGGCAGCAGCACAGAUAGCCACGCUGAGAACGUCGAGACUAAAGAUGUUAAAAAGAAAUAUGGUGCUGGCCUUAUGCUGAGUAAUCUAAUGAACAUUGGCAAAAAGAAGACGUCCUCCUUGGAGAGCCCUGAGAAGUGUGUGGAAACAUCAGGCUAUCUGAAUGUAUUGGUAAACAGCCAGUGGCGAACCCGCUGGUGUCUGAUAAAGAACGGACAGCUGUUGUUCUACCAGGACAAGGGAAAGUCUAAGCUGGCCCAGCAGCCAGUGCCUUUGGAAGGGUGUAUGGUCCUGCCAGACCCCAGCCCUGAACACCUUUACUCAUUUCGUAUACAGAUGGCUGGAGAGGAGCUUGCCAUCCUGGAGGCAAAGUCAUCUGCGGACAUGGGUCACUGGUUGGGAUUGUUACUCUCACAGACGGGGACCAAAACUGACCCAGAGGAACUCACCUAUGACUAUGUAAACUCUGAAAGGAUAUCCAGUAUAGUCAAUGCAGCCAAGACCUCCAUGUACUUAAUGCAGAGGAGAUACUCUGAGCCUAACACAUACACAGACACCCUCCCAUCAAAUGCCCAUGACGCUGAUGACAUAUACGAUGAUGUGGCCUCCACAGAGAAUGAACAGGAGGAUGGUCAGGAGGGAAGCAGUGAAUUGAUGGUGAGCCCAGAGCAGGAUGGAAAAGACCGAGUGUAUCUGGACCUGAUCCCUGUUCGCUCCUUCCUCCACACAAACUCUGGCAGAGUGUCCCCCCAGUCUGCCCAUUCUCCACAGAGAGAGUCCAGCCCUACCCCAACUCCCACUGCUGAGCAACAGGACCCUGCGAAUGAGGAUGUGAAACCAGCAGAGUCUGAGUAUGAAACUUCAUUACCCGCAACCGCAGAGCACCUCAAUCCUCCACCAGUCACCCCCAGAUUGGAUCUAGACCAGAACACAUCGUCCAGUCCCAGUGCCCAGCCACAGCACCAACAACACACAGCACAUCAGUCUCAGCCUCAGAGAAUCAGCCUCCCCAGUCAAGAUGGCCAGAAGAAUGUCACUCCCCACAGCCCCAGCUGCUCUCAUAGCCAAAUCCACAGUCAGCAGCACACACCUUCACACAUACCCCACAGCCCCCCAACCUCCAGAGGAAGGGCUGCAAGCACUGAUAGGUUCCUCGACAGACUUAAGCCCUCUGUAGCAGCAAGCUCAGGGUCAAUCGAAGUGAAACUUGGGAAGAACCGGACAGAGGCCGACGUGCGACGCUACACAGAUGAGAAAGACCGGCUGGAGCGCGAGAGGGAAGAGGUCAAGAACACCCUGGCCACACUGAGGAAGGAGAGACGGGAAGUGAAAGAGGAGAUGAGCUCCUGCCAAGAUCCCCCUAGACAGGCUACUCUGGAAGCAUAUUUGAAACAGAGGGAGGAGGCAUGUCGAGAAGCGGAGCGUCGGCGAGUGGAGGUGGAGCUAAGGCUGGUUGAGGUGAAGGAGAGCUUGCGGAAGGUGGAGGCUGGACCCUUUACUUUGGGCACCACAGUCGACAGCGGCCUACUGGACAUACAGCCCACACCCAAGACAGCCCCUCCUCCCCAAGCAACACCUGUCAACAAUGGGGACUCUUCACCUGUGAACUCAGCCACAGCACUGAAGAACAGGCCUUUGUCUAUCAUAGCACCCAGCAAGGGAAACGUACUGCAGAAAGCCAAGGAGUGGGAAAAGAAAUCUACAACCUAAGCAUGGAAUUGGAAAUGGAGAAUGUCUAAAUGUGACAUGAAGACCCUCAACUAACACGGCCUCUGGUCAACUCAAGCUGUAUUGUCUGUUUGGGCCAGGGCUAAUGGCUGGAAAGGAGAGAAGGCACGCAUUCUUCAGUGUCUUCAUUUCUCUGCCCCCUCAGUCCUCAAGCCAUGCCCCCUUUUUGUGCUUCUAUUCCAAUGAGAGACUGCAAUGGUGCUGCUUACUGCAAGCAGCUUAUCAAAGAUAAUGCUGUUGUCCCCUGCAUUGCUCCAGCAAUGCCACUGGACACUGCUGAAACAAUCUAUUUAAUUUUUUUAUAUGAAAAGGGAGAAAUUUAAAUACAUUUUUUUAUAACAGAGAUAAGCACAUCACAGAAAAGAGCAUUUUUAAAUACAUCUAAGAGGUGUUAUAAGAUGGGAGAACUUUGAGAGCCAUUAGUUUUUUUUUUUUUCAUUGCAGGAAGCUAAAAUGUGUCGCUCAUAUGGCUAACUAUUUGGUACAGUCUAGAUUGUAGCCUGGUUCAUGUAUGCUGGUAGGCUAGAUGUAAAUACAUAUUACAAAGCAGUUCCAUUUCAUUUGACAUUACUGUAUGCUAGCAAAAACAUGCACUUUUUAUUCAAAUAAAAAUCAGUACUGACAGAAA